AUGGCCGUUACCUUCUCAAAUCUCUACACAGACUCAGGCCUCAAGUCCCUCAACGACUUCCUCUCGGCGAAGACCUACGUUUCUGGGGAUCAGUUCACAAAGGACGACAUAAAAGUGUACGCUGCCGUUUUGGAGAAGCCGAGUGACGCUUUCCCCAGUGUUGGCAAGUGGUACGAGGUUGUCUCAUCUCACCUUGCUGCAAGCUUCCCUGGCAAUGCUCAAGGGGUGAGAUUCAGUGGCAAAACUUCUGCUCCAGCUGAGGCUGCACCUGCAAAACCGGAUGCUUCUCCUGCUGAAGAUGCUGAUGACCUUGAUCUCUUUAGUGAUGAGACAGAGGAAGACAAAAAGGCCGCAGAGGAUAGGGAGGCUGCAAAGAAGUCUGCCAAGAAGAAAGAGAGUGGAAAAUCUUCUGUUCUGCUCGAUGUUAAGCCUUGGGAUGAUGAGACAGACAUGAAGAAGCUAGAAGAGGCUGUUCGAAGUGUUGAGAUUCCCGGUUUAUUGUGGGGAGCAUCCAAACUGGUUCCUGUUGGUUAUGGGAUCAAGAAGUUGCAGAUCAUGUUAACCAUUGUUGACGACCUUGUUUCUGUGGACUCCCUUAUUGAGGAGCAACUGACAGUUGAGCCCAUAAAUGAGUAUGUUCAAAGUUGUGACAUAGUUGCAUUCAACAAAAUUUAA